UGUCUCACGUACGAAAUAUAAGCCAAGGAAAAUAUGUUUUUAUCCUUUAAUUUCAUUUAUAGGAUACAUUGCCAACAGAUGUUACACUGUGGGUAUUUUAUCAGUUGUGGAUACAUUUCUUAAGAAAGAAACAUUGAUUUUCAUGCACAUUAGAAUUCAUAUUUGGAUAAAUACUAACAAGGUAAACAUCUUCAAAGACCUAGGACAAUUUUUUUAAUGAAUGAACAACCUCGAGCAGCUAUAGAAAUUUCAGCAAGGUAUGAUUACAACAAGAAUUAUAUCAUAGCUAGAGGGUGUGUGAGACAAAGCUGUUUAGUAACACGUGAAGUAUUCUACUCGUACCUCGAACAAUGCCGCGUAUGCAACAAUACGCUGGAAUCGGAGGAGAUGACAGUUUUUGCUCCCAUCAACGCGGCCUUUCAAAAGAUCGUGAAAGGGAAUCCGGACACAAACUCCAUGGUUCUAUAUCAUAUAAUUAACGUACCCAAGAAGACAGAACAACUAAGUGGAUCGUACACGUACAUGCCGUCACGACUGAGCGGAAGUCCUCCAUUAUGGAUAACACACAGCCAGGGCAGAUUUCAAAACGAAAUCUAUAUCAAUAAUGCAAAAUUGCUAAUAGGGCAGUCAAACGUGAUAGGAAAGAAAGGAGGGAUGCAGCAGAUCAUGCAUAAAAUUGACGAAGUGCUGAUUCCGACGAGGUCUUCUUUAGCAGCCAGCAAUUCGAUCUAUAAUCCGAGCGCGUGGGAGUUUUUGGAAAAUUACGAAUCUCUUAUUCAAGGCUCGCACAGAUUAAGAAACUUUAGACAAAAAGUACAACAGAAUAACAAGCAAGAUAUAUUCAAAACCGAAGGAAGCUACACGUUUUUCAUUCCUGUCGAUGAAGGAUUUGCGAACUCGAGAGCCACUUUAAUCGACGAGAAGAUAAUUGAUGGGCACGUCAUCCCGAAACGAGUUCUUUUCACCACUCCGACACAAAAAGACGUACCGUUCCCCACUCUGGCCAACGGCGAUAAUGACAUUAGGGUCGUUAUUUCUUUCACGCAGGAACAGCGUCAAAAUCUUAUUAUUAAUUAUGUAAAAUCUCACACUCUUUUCGGAGACGGAAAGCACACGCCAGGAGUGGUUCUAGCGGAGAUCGUUAAGGGCAACAUUCCAGUGAAAAAUGGAGUCGUUCAUCUUAUUCACAAGCCACUAAUGAUAGUGGACAGUAACGUCAAGGAGUUACUCCAGGAGCACAUGGACUAUAUUUGCAGAGUAGGAAAUAUUCAAAGUAUGGAAAAUGUCAUCAAGGAAGUGCCAGAAUUACCUCCAAGAGAGCCCAGUCUGAACGCCUAUCCUUACGAUUACGAUUAUGAUCAAUAUAAGGAAAAGGACGGGAAGAUCCUAAAUAGUUUCAUCGAUGCCAUAAACGGAUUAGGAGCAGAUGGAAAAGACUUCUUAAAUACAUUGGAAAAGUCGCCUGAUAUAACUUUAUUUGCUCCAUGCAACGCAGCCUUGGAAGGAUCUCUAGUGAACAAUAUUGUUGCCCAAAAGCAGAAAUUUCUGGAUAUCCUGAAGUUGCAUUUGGUAGUGGACAAUCGACUCUAUGUGGAUACGGUUAUAAAGAAAAAUCAAAUGAAGAAAAAUAUUCGUAUUCAAAAUUGUUAA